AUGUUGGGUGAGUUCUUAAUAGGUAGACACAAAUGGGAAAACAAGGAAGAAACUCCACUACCAAACACCAUACCGGAAGUGGACGAAGUAGGGGCAACAUCAGCACCGUUAUUAUCAGCAUCAUAUUACAUUGGAGACAGGUGCAAGCCAUACAAUGAUGACUUUAUGUUAUGUAAAGAUGAACACAACGGAGGGACUAUAGACUGUUUGAAAGAGGGAAGACGUGUGACCAGAUGUGCUAUAUCGGUUUUGAAAGAUUUGAACAAGUACUGUUUUGAUGAAUUCAAAUUGCACUAUGAAUGCUUGGAACAAAACAACCAAUACUUCAGCCGCUGUCGUGCUAGUGAAGGAGUUUUAAGCAAGUGUGUGUUUGAUAAUUUGAAGUUGACAAAGAAGAUUCCUGGUGUUGAAGAACAAAUACAAGACAAAAAGAGUCCUAUAUAUGGACCUGACUCGAAAGAUGUUAGACAAACAAAAGAGUUCUUAAAGAAGAAUGAAGCUACUGCUGCUGCUGCUCCAGUAGCUGCUCCUGCUACAAGUAGCAGUUAG